GAGACGGCAGCCUCGCUGGAAACGCGCUGGGGAGCCUGAGCCGGCGGUCGGAGACGCACGGCGCGCAGCUACAUCGCCACGCCGCCGCGCAGACCCUCCAUCUUCCUGCUCAGCCUCCUGGCCCGCUCGCCCCGGCCUUGGGGGCCUGGCUUCUCUCUGGGGCUCCUGCCCGCCCCUACGCCCUGGCCCUCCGCGGCUCCCCUGCCCGGUCCCCCUCCCCACCCCCCGGCACAUACGCUGACACGCGCGCGCGAACACUCACACACACACUGACACGCCAGCGAGCUGCUGGCCGCUCAAUGGACCGCUUUCCCCGCUUUUCCUGAUCCCAGCGCAGCCCGGGAUGAGAAAUUGCAAAAUGGCCCGGGUCGCCAGUGUGCUGGGGCUGGUUAUGCUCAGCGUCGCCCUGCUGAUUUUAUCGCUCAUCAGCUACGUGUCCCUGAAAAAGGAGAACAUCUUCACCACUCCCAAGUAUGCCAACCCGGGGGCGCCCCGAAUGUACAUGUUCCACGCGGGAUUCCGGUCACAGUUUGCGCUGAAGCUUCUAGAUCCGUCCUUUGUGCCCUUUCCGCAUUCUCUGACUCAUGAACUCCAAGCCAGACCUAAGUGGACAUUUAAUCGGACAGCGUUUUUACAUCAAAGGCAAGAAAUUCUUCAGCAUGUCGAUGUAAUAAAAAAUUUUUCUUUGACCAAGAAUAGUGUUCGGAUUGGACAACUGAUGCACUAUGAUUAUUCCAGCCAUAAAUAUGUUUUCUCUAUUAGCAAUAACUUCCGAUCGCUGCUUCCAGAUGUGUCACCCAUUGUGAAUAAGCAUUAUAAUAUUUGUGCUGUGGUUGGAAAUAGUGGGAUCCUGACAGGGAGCCGGUGUGGACAACAAAUAGAUAAGUCAGAUUUUGUUUUCCGUUGCAAUUUUGCCCCUACGGAGGCUUUCCAAAGAGAUGUUGGAAGGAAAACCAACCUUACCACCUUCAACCCCAGCAUCCUGGAAAAAUAUUACAACAAUCUUUUGACCAUUCAGGACCGUAACAACUUUUUUCUCAGUUUAAAAAAGCUCGAUGGGGCCAUUCUUUGGAUCCCUGCAUUUUUUUUCCACACUUCAGCAACUGUUACCAGGACACUAGUUGACUUUUUUGUUGAACACAGAGGUCAGUUAAAGGUCCAACUGGCUUGGCCUGGAAAUAUAAUGCAACAUGUCAACAGGUACUGGAAAAACAAACAUUUGUCACCCAAACGGCUGAGCACAGGUAUUCUUAUGUACACCCUUGCGUCAGCAAUAUGUGAAGAGAUCCACUUGUAUGGAUUUUGGCCUUUUGGAUUUGACCCCAACACAAGGGAAGAUCUUCCAUACCAUUACUAUGACAAAAAAGGAACCAAAUUUACUACCAAGUGGCAGGAGUCCCACCAGCUGCCUGCUGAGUUUCAGCUGUUGUACCGAAUGCACGGGGAAGGGCUCACCAAGCUGACUCUGUCACGCUGUGCCUAAGAACUGCGAACAGAAAGUGCCAAACGGCUGAUUUAAAAGUGCCCCAACUCACACUGAAUAGUCGACAGAAUAGAACCCUAGAGAAUUUCUUAUAAGGAUUGUCUGCCACUUAAAAGGAAAGAUGUCUUCUCUCCCCCUUUUGCGCUGCUCUUUUAAGGGUCUUAGCAGGACAGAUGCUUGGAAGCCACCUGACUUAAACUUGAUUGAUAAAGGGAAUGUUGCAUCUGGAACUAUGCUGCUAACGAAAUGGUCUGAAGUAUUUUCAUGUUUGUAUUUUAAUAAUAAACUGCCUCCCAUUUUUUAUGAGGAUUAGGGCUGUAAUUUCUGCAGCUUUGCUCAGAUACAGUCCUCGUAAUCAGAGGCCUCUGGCCAAUUUGAGCAGGAUUUCAGUUUUGCCUGGGUGGGAUCAGACUCUUUAAAAUGAUAACAUAAAAGACUGGCUUGCAUAUAUUGUCUCUCUCUCUCUCUCUCUCUCCCCACACCCCUCAACCACUCCCCUGACCCACCCCCCCCCCACCGUGGAGUUUAAUAUUUUUGCUAGGAAUCCUAUUGAAAUAGCUUUGCUUGUAUGUCUUGCAUCUGUAAUUGAUAUGUUCAAGGCUCUGGGUAACUUUGAUAUUUCAUGACAAACUGAGCAAAUCAUGAUAGGGAUCCCCUUAUGAUUACUUUUAUAAGAAAUGCCUCUUAUGAAGUUCUCACUAGUCCGUGAAGUCAUUCUACAGCAGCGUGGUUCCUCUCUGGCGAGACGUGUAUAAUACAGUGCCUCUUUCACUACCACGAAAAAAGCCUAGGUCGUGGGCGGCAUCUCAUCUCUUGGCGUGAGGGCUGUUAUGGCAGAUCAUUUUGUUGCCACGUUUGCAGGGCAUUGCAGCCUGGGUUUAGUGCCUCCCACAGUCCCAACCCGAGCACUGGGCUGGGAAUUCUCUCAGAAUACAGAGGCAAGGAGUCAGCUUAAAAACCUGGAACUUAUAGGAAAAAGGAAGAAGAGGAAGGAGAAUACUUAGAAGUUGUUAUGGAUCCCGUAUCCCCUAAAGUGUUGUAACUAUGAUUAGGGCCUCUGAGAACCAGCAGGGUUAAAGCAGAGAAGAUGCUCUGAGGCUGGCCAGGUCCCCAUGUGAAUAGCACUGAGGCGAGGUCAUCUUGAGUAUCACUGUGUCCGUCAGCACUGCUCCAGAACUUCAAGACAAUCGUAGACACCAGAUAUUCCCUCUUGCCACGGAAAUUGGAUCUAUACAUCUACAAAUUAAGCAUUUUGAAAGGAAAAGCCACUGUGUAGUGGCAAGAUUGGUACUAAAUUAACCCUUGGAAUUGGAGAUGUAUAGGCCUGCUGCAGAGGAAUUCACUAGCCGUUCUCUUUUCCAUCAUUUCAGCCUUAGGAGUAGAAAUCACAUCACUCCUGUCCCUGGCUUUUCACUGAGCAGCACUUUGUUCCUCCAGUUCAGCCCAAAGCCUGGCCAAGUUGAUGUUAAAUUUUAAUAAGAGUUUCUUUCUUCUUUCCAAAUGCCAGUCAAGCACAUUUAUAAUACAUUUAGGUGGGGUAGCUUGUUCUUUUCCAGAAAUCUUCAUCUAGAUUGCUUGUCAUGUUACAAAUACUGUUUCAAAUAAUUACUAUAGUUCAGUAAUCAGCUCACUGCCCCUCCUUGAGAAGGUAUCAUCACGCCUAAAAUCAAACCAAAUUCAGUAAGGAAAGACUCAGUCCUUAUGCUCAUGUUCUGCCUGGUCCUAAAGGGGGGCUGUUUUAUUCUAAUUUUUUUCCAGAAAGCUAAUCAGAGCAGGUUACGUAGAUCCAGUACUAACCAGUGAAAGAAAAAUCAUACAGGUUCAAACGUGUUACCAAUUGUGACACGUCUCACAAUGUUGUGUGAACGGCAAUCAUCCAAACAGACAGGAAAAAAUAGGAAUAGAUGUUUUGAAAUGGGAAACACUAAAACAGCUCGAUACUUGAAAUAAUUAGAAGGGGAGAUAUUAAAAACAUUUUAAAAUUCAAUGGUGUAAUUUGAUGGGCACCGAAACCACAUGCUUAUUCCCUAUCACUUUAAAGAGGAAAGUACUACAGUUCUCAUGCUGUUCUCUGUGAGGGUCACUGAGAGAUGGAUAACUGACAGGAGUGUUUAGUUGGCUCUUCCUAAGCACUUAGUUCAUUUGGUUACAGCUAAGUGAUAUUAAUGCCAAUAUUAUAUGAGCCAGCUUCUGACUCUGGAGUUUUAAUCCCAAUGUGCCCAUUAGAUUUCACUAAAUAUAAAUAUGUAGACACUUUGAACCAGGAAGGUUAAAAGAACAAAAGACCACAAUCCCUAAAACCAGUUAAUUGUUCUAUUAGUGGACCAUUUAAAUUAAAUCUCAUCAGAAUGGCAAGUUUGGGGAUUUUUUUUUUUUUAAGUUUAGGGAGAUUUUGUAAAUCUUACUUCACUCUUGGCUCCAUUUUAACCUAGAGUGAGAGGACUUUGCCAUCUCCCAACAUCAUUUCAUCCAUCACUUUCAAAAAACUCACAAUGUUGAAGAAACAGACCUGUCUCCCGGAACUAGAAGAACUUACAGAUCAGGCUCAACCCCUGCUUCCAGGUAGGACUUCCUGGAGCUGAUCCAAAAAGACCAUACUUCCCUUUUCUUUAAAAAACUCUGAAGAAAAUCCCAAGUCCUCCUAUAGUGGUUAACCACAAUUCUCAUAAUUAUAAAUUCUUUAUAUGCAGCCUAUAUCCUCCUUUUGCAAAAAUUAGAUUCAAUAUGUUAGUAAAGCAUUUAUCCCAGUUUUCGGCAUGUAGUCUGCACUCAAUAAUAUAUGGCAGCUUUUACUGUUAUUUUUAUUGUUAGUUAUGCCCUUGACCUACAGUUCCAGCAUAGAGAAAAACAGCCUCUAGCUGAUCAUACAAAAACUCUUCUUGUUUUUAAAGACCAUUUCAAAGAUUAAACCUAUAGAACCACUGUCAUGACCAAAAGGGUUGGUGGGUCCCAUGAGUCCAGAUUAGGAAGGCAGUGGUGUAAGUAGCCAGAGCUCCCGGGGCUGUGUGGUCAAGAGCAGGGAAUUGGGCAGACGGGCCUUUUGGGUCCUCCCUCCUGAUUCAGCUACAGGUACAAACCCCUGGCAUUUGCAUUGCCCUUGCUUUAUUGGUUCUAGGUUAAGUGCAUCCUUUUGUCAGAAUCUUUCCUCUUUUCAGAUACUCACGGCAGAGCCCACCCCCAGCUAUUGGAAUAAAUAUCACCAUAAAGCCCCCAAGUCUGUCUACACAUGACACCAAUACAAAUGACCAAUUCACUUGCAGAGGAAAAAAAACCCACAAACAUUUAGCCACCUGUUUAAUGCUAGUUCCUCAGUUUUCAUCAGUUGUUCUGAGUGUCAUGUGCAGACAUGCAGAUCCAGGCGAGACAGAGUUAAAGUGUGGUAUUAUGAAUCCCUCCCAAACCCAGAAAACAUUCCCCAUAUUUGACGAUUAAACGUCUAUGCUUCCUCCGCCUUUGCUCCUGUGUCUUCACUGUCCUUGAUCAUUGUACAAGUGCCAUGCGUUUAGUAGUGUGUAUGCCUAGCAGUGCCGACUCUGACCGCUGUGCUGUCUGUGUGUAACUUUGAUGUUAGGCACUGACCAUGGGGCUACCAGCCAGGAUGUGCAAAAGAAGAGGCUCCCCCAGCCUCCUUGUGCCCAGGCCUCCAGUUAUCCAUGAAUGUGAGUGCCAGGAGUAACCUAACUUGGUGGGGAAGCUGAGGAAUGGAAGAGCAUUUCUUCUGACUUAGGGCAAAUUACUAAUUAUUAGACACUCACAGACAGUAAAGAGGUGUUGACUUGAGGGCAAAGGUAGCAGGGACAGAAUUCUAGAGCCCUAGGACGCUGGAAAUGGAAGAGCCUUUGAGUGGCUCUAGUCCUAAUUCUUGACUUUCCAAAUGAGACAUGGAGAAACAGAAAGGCUAAGUGAUUUUCCCAAGAUUGCACAGGAAAUCAGUGGAGAGAUUCUGACUCCUCAUCUAGUACUUCUUGGCUAAUCAGCAUCAAAUAAAAAUGGGCUCAAAGGGAAAGUGAUUAUGGUCUUGGGUUCACAAGGCACAGAAAAUAAGUUAUAAAAGCUGUAAAAGAGGAAAAAAGAUUCUCCCCCCACCAAAAAAAAAAUUAUUUCUCAAUGCAAAAUGGAAAAGGAGAUGCUUGCCUAGGUAUACAACAGUCCACUGGUAAUAACCUACAUUCUCCCCUAAAAUGAGAGGAAACCUACUUGGUAAAUCAUGAUUCUGAUAAAUCUGGUAAAUCACAAUUCAGUUACUGACAGUUCCCAGUUGACAGAUGGACUCUUAUCUAAUAAUCUAUUCGUCUUAAUAAAAUCGUGUUUUAGUAAUAUGUAUAGGUAAUUUAAAAGUUGAAUACUGAAGAUGGUUAUGUACUUCUCCAUAUGUAUAAUUUUCAGUUGAGGCCUCUUGAGGUAAAAAUACAUUUUGUCAAUGCCUCCCAUAUUAUAAGUAAUUUCAACAGCAGACUCCACAUUAUUGCAUUUAGUUCAAUAUGCUAAGAAGAUGUGCAAAUAAUAAUGAAUAAUUUGAGCUGGGUCUUCAUGUGCAAAAUGAGAGACUUAGCAAUUUUCUGUACAAUUCUGGAUCCUUAAGUCCUUUUCCCCUCAGUUGUUUGAAUGUGCCAGGCAAAAGCUUCUGUUUAGCCUCUACUUCUCCCUGAAUGUGUAGAACUAUGCUUUUGCUUACAAAGUUGGGGUUAUGUGUAUGUGGCUGAAAAGCCCAGAUGGAGGAUCAUAGGUGCUGGGGACUUAGAGCCCCUGGGCCACCUGAUGGACCUGUCUGGGCUCUGUGGUUCAAUUAAUCAAGGCCACAGGUGAGUUGAUACCAAGGACCAAAAUGACUAAAUAUGCCUCUCUCACACUUUGAUUGCCUUGCCACAUAGAUAUAACAUUUGAAGUGGGAAACAUUUUAGAAUGUCAUUAUUGUAUUAUGCAGUAUUUCUUAAAAUUUCUUUUUAUUCUGAUGACUUAUUAUUGAAGAUAUACGUGUUUGAACAGAUGUUUUUAUCCUCAGUGAAGCUCACUCUCUUGUUGUUAAUUACAAUGGAAUCACAGUGAAGAGCCCGCCAUGGAAUAACUGACUCCAAUUUAAGAUUACAGCGGGGUUAUGGGGUAAGGACGUGGAUUAUGCCACCAAUCCACCGGCAAGCAAAGCUGAAUGACAGGAGAAGCUAAUACAAUCCCUGCUCCCCACCCCAGACCUUUGACUCAGAAUGUCCUGGAAUAAGCCCAGCUUACACAGAUUCCCGGGUGAUUCUGUUGUGGCCACAAUUUGAGAAACAAAAAUAUAGAGCAAAGUCAUAUAUACCAUGUUGACCAAAGUAGCUGAAUGCUUAUCACUCCUCAUGCAGUUAAUAUCAGAUCUGUUCCCUGGAGUUAUCAUGGCAAUAUAGACACAGUCUUAGUGACUCAACCAUUCAACUAUUUUGGCUAAACUGACCAGUCACUAAUUUGUAAGUGAACAGUUACUGGUUAAUUUAGUCAGAAUGGAUGCAAGCCUGAAGACAGUCAGAGCAGGGAACAUAGCUUUAACAUACUUUACCUCAAGGCCAGCUCUUUAU